AUCCUUAAGCUUUUAUUGCAUUAAUCUUAUAUUCGGUGGGCCAUUUAGCUUCCUGUACUAGAAUAAUACAGUAACCCCCACCUCCAUUCUUCAUUCAUGCCUACUAAUAACACUUAACCCAUUUUUCAAGAAACAACACUAAUUUAAAUCUUCAACUCGUAAUCUUUUCUUGAAUCCAAAUCAUGGGUUUUCAAUCUCUGCUAAAAGGGUACUAUUUUCUGUUAUUUAUUUUCAGUUAUGUCACCUCUCAAUCAACUGCUGUAACUCUGGUUGAUAAAAAUAUAAGCACUAUAGAAGGAAGUGUGUUCAUAGAUGGGAAAUCUUCCAUUGCAAAAACUGAUGAAGAUUUCAUUUGUGCAACUUUGGAUUGGUGGCCACCUGAGAAAUGUGACUAUGGAAGAUGUAGUUGGGACCAUUCUUCUCUCAUUAAUCUGGAUCUUGAUAACAACAUUCUGUUAAAUGCUGUAAAGGCUUUUUCACCAUUGAAGCUGAGAUUAGGAGGAACUUUGCAAGAUAAAGUGAUAUAUGAUACUGAUGAGAAUCAUGAACCUUGCAACCAAUUUGUUAAAAAUACUACUGAGAUGUUUAGUUUUACUAAGGGAUGCUUGCAUAUGGAUAGAUGGGAUGAAUUGAAUGCAUUUUUCAAGAAAUCAGGGGCUAGAAUUAUAUUUGGAUUAAAUGCUCUUACUGGCCGAUCCAUACAGUCCGAUGGUUCUGCAGCUGGAAAUUGGAACUACAGCAAUGCUAAAUCUUUCAUAAGCUAUACUGUUAAGAAGAAUUACUCUAUUUAUGCUUGGGAGCUUGGGAAUGAAUUGUGUGGGAGUGGAGUAGGAACUAGAGUAGCAGCUGAUCAAUAUGCUUUAGACACAAUCUCUUUGCAUGAUGUAGUGCAAAAUAUUUACAGUGAUAUUGAACCUAAGCCAUUAAUAUUAUCACCUGGAGGAUUCUUUGAAGAAAAUUGGUUCAAAGAGUUCAUCAACAGAACAGGAGAUAAUGUAGAUGCCCUCACUCACCAUAUAUACAAUCUUGGUCCAGGAUCCGAUCCACGUGUCUUGGAAAAAAUUCUUGAUCCAUCCUAUCUUGACAACGCAAUUGAUAGUUUUAGUAAACUUGAAAGUACCCUCAAGAGUUCUGCAACUUCAGCAACUGCAUGGGUUGGUGAGUCAGGAGGAGCUUACAAUAGCGGCCGAAAUGGUGUUUCGAAUGCUUUUGUGUAUAGUUUCUGGUAUUUGGACCAGCUUGGAAUGUCGGCAGUUUAUGAUACAAAAACAUACUGCAGACAGACAUUAAUUGGUGGAAACUAUGGCCUACUCGAUACAACUACCUUUGUCCCCAAUCCAGACUACUACAGUGCCCUUCUUUGGCAUAAAUUGAUGGGAACAAAAGUUCUCUCAACGAACUUUUCCGGGACGAAGAAGAUAAGAGCCUAUGCGCAUUGCGCAAAAGAAUCUACAGGAAUCACACUACUGCUUAUCAACUUAGACAAAAACACAACCGUUCAAGUCCAGGUUACACUAAACAACAAAGGAGCAUCGCAUCAUAAUCACAGACAUCACAAGCACAGAUCGUUUAUAUCUCACAGGUCUAAUAAAACAAGGGUCAUUCAAUUGCCUGAAGGCGCUGCAGCUAGCACAAGAGAUGAAUAUCAUCUUACUGCAAAAGACGGAGAUUUACAAAGCCGAAGGAUGCUACUUAAUGGGAAAAUUUUAAAUUUAAAUUCGGAUGGGGAUAUACCAACUUUGGAUCCGAUGCAUGUAAACUCGUCAGAGCCAAUAACGGUUGCUCCAUUCUCUAUUGUAUUUGUUCAUUUGCCAUAUCUUCUUCCUGCUUGCAAGUAAGCAGCAGGAGGAAUGGAAAAUUGAUUCCUUUUAAAUGAUCUGAUCAAAUAAGAGAUAGAAUACAUGCAAAUUAUGAGAUUACUUGUACAUUUUGUGAACUUGUAACCUAAUACAUUGUUGUAAAGUUAACAUUUAUCAGAAAGUGAAUUUCCACCAUUGCCAUUUAAAA